UCUGUAAGUCGCGCGCAGCUCAGUAACAUUGUUGUGUUUUUUGUAUUAAAAAUAGUGAGAAGUUAUUUUGCAAACUCAGCAAUAAUUCAAUGUAAACAAUUUGCUGAAUGUAGUGCUCGUUGCAAUAGCGGCGCGCUUACAUAUACAAAGUUAAUAGUCGUGCUGCCCAUGUCGAUUGUGCGUGUGUGUUUAUGUAUGUGCGUGUGUAUUUGAGUUGGGAUAACUGCACAUUUAUAUUUGCGCAGCGAACUUAAACGGAAAAGAAACAGUUACUUAGAACAUCAAUAGAAAACGGAAGAGAAACAAACAACAUGGCUCGCGACACGCAGGGCACACAGGCCACCCAGAGUCAGGCGUCCCACAUUUGGACCCAGGUCGAAAGCCAGCCCAUGGAGAAGAUCGUCUGGGGCCGGCUCUAUGGCAAGAAUAUUAAAAUCAAGUCCCUUGACUUGAACAACGACGAAUUUUCAGCGGGACGCGGAGAACUAAAUGAUUUAAUAUUGACGCUUAAUGAUUUACCUGAGAAAAUUCUAUCGCGCAUAUCCAAGGUGCAUUUUAUCAUAAAGCGCGCCAACUGUGAGCUGACAAAUCCGGUUUAUAUACAGGAUCUCUCACGCAAUGGGACUUUUGUGAAUGGCGAGAGGAUCGGCACAAACAAAACGCGCAUCCUACAAAAUGACGAUAUCAUAGCCCUCUCUCAUCCUACCUACAAGGCCUUUGUCUUUAAAGAUCUUAGUCCGAACGAGGCGAUCGGCCUGCCAGCUGAAAUUACCGCUACCUAUUAUAUAAAUCGCAAAUUAGGCUCAGGGGCAUAUGGCCUGGUCAGGCUGGUUUAUGAGCGACGCACCUGCGAACAAUUCGCGAUGAAAAUUGUUAAGAAAAACAUGCUGGAGGUGAGCGCACAUCCAAACAACAAUCCUAACGAUCCGGAGCGUGUGCUGAAUGAGGCAAAGAUUAUGAAAAAUCUUUCGCAUCCGUGCGUGGUGCGCAUGCACGAUAUUGUCGAUAAGCCAGAUUCCGUUUAUAUGGUGCUGGAAUUUAUGCGCGGCGGCGAUCUGCUAAAUCGCAUAAUAAGCAAGAAACUGCUCAGCGAGGAUACAUCCAAAUUGUAUUUCUAUCAGAUGUGCCAUGCCGUCAAGUAUUUGCAUGACAGAGGUAUUACACAUCGCGAUCUGAAGCCGGACAAUGUGCUGCUCGAGUCCAGCGAUGAGGAUACACUGCUCAAGGUAUCCGAUUUUGGACUAAGCAAGUUUGUGCACAAGGAUUCAGUGAUGCGUACGCUAUGCGGCACGCCCCUAUACGUAGCACCCGAGGUGCUUAUCACCGGCGGACGUGAAUCCUACACGCAAAAAGUGGACAUUUGGAGUCUAGGCGUGGUGCUCUAUACGUGCCUAAGUGGAACUUUGCCCUUUUCGGAUGAGUAUGGCUCACCGGCCGGCGAGCAAAUAAAAAAGGGCAACUUCCGUUUUCGGCAUCCCGCCUGGCAGGGCGUGUCGCAGCGCGCCAAGUUGCUGAUCAAACAAAUGCUCAUUGUGGAUCCCGAGAAGAGACCCUCAAUUGAUGCCGUGCUCAAGUGCAACUGGCUGCGGGAUACACCGAUGCUCUACAAGGCCAAACAACUCAUGAAGUUGGAGCAUAUGGAGAUCGGCGAGGAGGAGAACAAUUUCCUGGAACCGCCUACAAAGCGGCGGCGGCAAUAAUAGAGAGCUGAAGUGAAAAAGUUUUAAUUUUCUGGAAAAAUUAAUCGAAACAUUUUUCCCCAUUGCGCAUAGAAGCAGCAA